AUGUUAUCUGAGCUUCAGCAAUGCAGCAAGAGAGAAAUUAUUAGUUAUAUGAGGGAUAAGGAUGAUCAGAACAGAAUUUGUGAGAUGAAUAAGAAACUGGCUGAGGAGGAAAUCAUGUUGAAAGCCGAUUUAUUAGACCAAAGAGACAUUGAUGGUGGAGUUCCUCAGGAAUCUCAAGCAUCUGGACUGCCUGAGUACAUAAAGAUUGUAGAAGUUGGGCCAAGGGACGGACUGCAAAACGAAAAGGUGAUAGUCCCAACUGAUAUCAAAAUAGAGUUAAUCAACCGGCUUUCCAAAACAGGCCUGCCUGCAAUAGAAGUGACCAGUUUUGUUUCAUCCAAAUGGGUGCCUCAGAUGGCAGAUCACAAAGAAGUAAUGAGGGGCAUUGAGCGACAUCCUGGAGUCCAAUAUCCUGUUCUCACACCUAAUCUUCAAGGUUUUCAUUCUGCUAUUGCAGCAGGGGCUACAGAAGUCUCAGUAUUUGGUGCAGCAUCUGAAUCUUUUAGCAAAAUGAAUAUUAACUGUUCAAUUGAAGAAAGCAUAGAAAAAUUUGAAGAAAUUGCUAAAUCUGCAAGGAAUAUGGAUAUUCCAGUGCGUGGGUAUGUGUCAUGCGCAUUGGGAUGCCCAUACGAAGGAAACAUCAUACCAGCCAAAGUGGCAGAAGUAUCAAAGAGACUGUACAGUAUGGGCUGUUACGAAAUCUCUCUUGGGGACACAAUUGGUGUGGGGACUCCUGGAAGUAUGAAAAGAAUGUUGGAAGCUGUUAUGAAAGAAAUUCCUCUGAGUGCUCUUGCUGUUCAUUGUCAUGACACCUAUGGCCAGGCAUUAGCCAAUAUCCUCACAGCCAUACAGAUGGGAGUUGCUGUAGUGGAUUCAUCAGUUGCAGGCCUGGGUGGUUGUCCCUAUGCAAAAGGUGCUACUGGAAAUGUAGCCACAGAGGAUGUGAUAUACAUGCUUAACGGUCUGGGGAUCAAUACAGGAGUAAAUCUUUAUACAGUGAUGGAAACUGGAAAUUUCAUCUGUACAGCUUUGAACAAGAAAACAAACUCAAAGGUUGCACAAGCUUCCUUCAAUACUGGAACUAUCCAUUAAAUGGAUUUUUUUUUUUGCAGCUUAAUUACAUUUGUCAUCCACCCUGACCAAGGACAUUUAUAUGAAGAAAACAAAUAUAAAAAGACCAUUUCAGCAAAGAACCAAAAUAGAACCCAUACAUAACUUUUUAUUAUGGGAUGAGUUAUUGUACUGUACUGUCUUAUCAAGAAUUGUCUGAUUUAUAAGUAAGAAAUAAGUGACUGUAGUACAGAACCCUGUGCUUGGUACUUCUACAGAUGAGAAAAAUGUAAAAAACAUGAGGACAUUUUACCAUGCUGUAUGUAAACUGAAGUUUAGUUAUAUCAGGAAAACUAGAUAGUAGUGAAUACAUAGUUAAUUUUUAAUCAAGACGACUUUCAGAAUAGUACAAAUAUUUGCAGUAGUUUAUGAGAUCCCACACUGUGUGUGGCCAUUCUAUUAUGUGUUUUAUUUAUCUGAAUCUUUACUUUUAAUUUGUCAAGUUAGUUGUGUUAUGAAUGUGGAGCCAAAUCUGAAUUCACCGUAAGAAUUUUUUAGCAAUAGCACUUUUUAAUUUUUGUUUUGUUUAACAUCUGUUAAGUUAUGGAUGACUUUAUCUUGUUCCAAGACUUUGUGGUAAAUGGCAGUCUGCCAGAUCCUCCAAAUCUAAUGCAAAUUUCCUUAUUUGUUACAUAUGUUAAAUUUGUUGUAGUUGGGUUUUUUUGUCAACUGUAUUAUAACCUAAUUAUAUGAAGCCAUUGGAAAUUGGCAAGGUUUUCAUCCAUCAUUCAGGGUAAUAGUAGUGUAGAAGGAGAUAAAUUUUUGUCCAAGGUCUCAUCAAGCAAUUUGAUUUUUUUAUUCUACCAUCUAUGAAUUUACAUUCUCACUUAUAAGUCAUGGGGUUUUGAGGAUAAUAAUAUUCUUUUGGACUAGCUUACACAAAGGGAACCAACCACUUAACAAUUUUCCUCUGUGCUCUACUGCUAGUGAUACUGUUCUUUUGCAGGUCUUAGUUCAGCAAGAUGCCAGUGAACUGCAUUGUCAUUUUUAGAUCAAUAAUGGACAAAUUCAAAGAAGAGCCUUAUCCUGUCUCUAAACUUUUCAAAUAUGCCAUGAAAAUAUUGCUAUUUUUUCAGUCUGAAACUUCAGUACUGUUGCUGGUUGUUUGUGUAGGAUCUUUCUAUAAUUCUCUGUGUACUUAACCUUGAUCUAUAUUUUUUCUGAACAUAGCCUGUUAACAUGAAAAUCUAAAACCCUGGAAUAUGAUCUUUUUCCAUAUUCUCCAUUUUCCUCCAAAAUAUGAAAGGUUGGGAAAAGGUAAGAUGAAAGAAAGUGAAAGAUAACAUGUAAAGAAGGAAAAGGCUGAAUAAUUUUUAUCUGGAACUCAACUCUUGCCAAGUUACAGCUGAGUCUCACUUUGCCUUUGAAAUUCUGAAGUGAACUUUUUUAGCCAGUAUUGUAGUUUAGAAUUGGCGUAGCUUAAGAAAGUCAAACUUUGCAUGCCAGGUAACUCAAAGCUAUAAAUCUGAUAUAAAACCUGUAUCCUGUUUAUGUCAUAAUGAUAGUUAAAACUAAUAUAAACUACAUUGUUUCACUCUUCUCAUGGUAAGACUCAAAGAAUAAGCAAAGAAAUGUGUUCAGGUGAGGCAGGAAAUACCUUGCCUAGCAAUCCAAAAUACUAAAUUGCACCAAUUCCUGUGGUAUCUAGUAAGAAGACUUUCAGGUUCUCUUAAAGAUGUGAACACCCUGAUUUUCUUGACCUGCUCUGGAUGCAUAGUUGGAUCACCACAGAAAAUACUCUCUGCAUUUUCCCAUGUUUCAGCUGAGGCUUUGUUAUUUAGAAGCCACUAUUGCUCAUGUAUCAAAACACAAACUUUAGUAAAACAGGUCUUGAACCAUUCACAGGUUUUAAAAUUCUGUAAUGGAUUAGAUUCAACGAAGAAGUGAGGGAUCUGCAGCAGUACUUAGAUUGUACUAAGUCUAAUAAUUAGUAGUGAAGCCUAGUGCCAGAAUUGACAUCCUAAAGACUCCCUAAUUCAGGUGCCAUUUACCCCUGAGGGUGACUAGCCACACUGUAAUACUUUCCUGUUUAACAAUAAAUUUUCUCAUAUGUUUAACAAUAAUUUCCUCUUUAGUUUGCUUCUGUGCAGGCAUUGAAUUAGCUCAUUUUGAGCUGAAAUCUGCAGUUAUUGUGUAGGACCUGAUGAAUUUUCUUCCACCCAAGAUCCUGUGAGCAUUUUUAACUGAUGUGAGACUGAGCUUCUCAAAGAAUGAAAGUGAAGUCACCCCUUGGAAAAAAAAAAAAAGUAAUUAUGCAAAUCACCUUUUAAAUAUUAGCCUGAAUGUUGGACUAAACAAUUGAUCUGAGAUUAGCUUGCUACUCAGCCUGGGGAGAUUGAAAUGCACAUUUUUUUGGCAUUCUAAUAAAUGGAUUUAACCACCUGGCUAUAUACAGAAUGGAAAAAAGAAUGCACUUUUUAGUAAAUCUGUAUGGAGUUGUGCCACUAGGUAGGAUGGAAUUGAAAAUUCCUGAGACCGGAAAGAUCACAAGAAGAAAAUGUCUCUGCAACAGAUAAGAAUUUUUUUCCUUGAAGAUAGUGGUGAGGGCUUCAGCUGUAGGCCAAGUUAGGAAAUGAACUGAUACAGUCCACUUAUUUGGUAAGUAUACUGACUACAGCGUCUUAGAUAAAAGUGAGUGAUUUCAUUACUACCACAACUUUUGCAUUAAAUAAAAUACCUGUGUAGAACAUAGACUAUAGAAUAAGAGAACUAGCUCUGCUCAGUUCUGUGGGAGUUCUAGACAUCUAUGUUCCUAACUGCCGUGAAGGAUUCCUAACUUUGGCACUAGGAGACCCUUACACUCUGGGCAAGUUUUCAGAUAUGCCUCUGUGCAUAGUGCAUCUGAGGCCCCUCAGCAUCUGGGCUGUGCAGUUUACAAUUCUAAGUCUCUUAACUCUCCCUAUGAACUGAAACAGGGUACCUAUUAAAUCAUGGGAAUGAACAACCUAAAAUGCCUUGGUUCUUUACUGGUCUGUUUUAGAAACUACCUGGGAGCUUGUGGAGAGCCUUGAAUGCAGGCCUGUUAUUCUGUAAUGAUGUCAGCAUUGGAAAAGAUGAGCAGUCACAUCUGGAGCCCGUUCUUUACCCACACGUUCAGCUUCAACCACAUAGUGAGUUAUAGUAAUCCAGGGUGGAGGUCACAGACAAAUAGAUUGUUUGUCAGGAUCUUUACAAGGGAGGAAGAAACAUAAAGCCAGAUUCAAAAAACCCCAAUGUUUAUAUGCCAAAAAGUGCCACCUGGGAUGAAUUUUGGCCUGUGGGUCCAGGUGAGCAACCCCCAUAAAAUCCUUCUUUACUUGUAGUGUAACUGAGAAUCCCUAGACAUCUUAUGUUCUCACUACUAAAAUUUGUUAGGCACAUAAAGUGAUGCUGCUCUGCUUUCCUGAGCUGGCAUCAUUUUAACUAUGUGGAGCAUUUUAAUGCCUAAUCUUUGGCUUCACAAAAUAGGCAUAUACUGCCCUUAAGAUCAAGGGCUAAUCCAGUAGCUAUUCCAUAAGCAUGCAUCACUCACAUAGGCAGCAUUGAAUUGAGCACAUAAUAAAGCAGUUGAGACUACAUCCCUUCAAAAAAAUGGCAAGUCAUGGCUUGCUGCUACUGCUCUCCAGCGCUUCUGAGUUUCUAAGUCUUUAUGCUUAUAUUCAGAGUGACCCAUCGCCCGUAAUGCCUGCUCUUUUAGUCCCUAUCAGUGUCCCCCACUCCAUACAUUACUGUCACUUCACCGUGAAGUAACCUUCUGGCUGUGGAAGGCUUACAUCCAGGUGUUUGGCUUCUAUAAGCAGGAGUUCUUAUUACUAUGUAUUAUAAAUAUAUAUAUAUAUAUAUAUAUAUAUAUGUUAAAAGGUAUCAAGAAAAAGCAAGAGUGCUGAGUCUCAUGAUCACACUGUUGGAAUGUGGGGACAUGCUAUCUCCUUGUUUUGUUGAUGAUCCUCUGUAAAUGCUGGAAAGGGGAUAGUGUAAACUCUCAGAGCAUGUGGGAGAGAAGUAGUUACUGACUGCCCUCGCUGAGUCUUAUCGGAGACAAAUUAGAUGUACCAAGAUAUUCUAUGCUUUGGAGACUUUAUUCUGUAGCUCACUGUAUGCAGGUCACUGCAGAGAUCUCAUAGAACACAUGGAGAUCACCUUACUUGUGCCAGGGCCAUGGAGUAUGGAAAAUGGAGUUUCUAGGGCAGUCUUUGGUCUGCAGCCUGGUCUGAACCUGUGAAAGUUCGACAGCUGACCAGUGUCAUAUUGCUGUAAUUUUCUUUAAUACUUUCACAGUAGUUUUUCCCAUGUUGUUAUCAAUAGCUAGAAUGUCAAAUACUGGCUGCUUUGUCCAGUCAAGAUAUUAUGUUUUUCUAAGGGCGUGGCUGGUGUGCUUUUUUGGAGAAGUUCAUCAGUGCCAUUAGUAAUGGGCAUAAUUGUUCUUCAGUGCCUUUCAGAAGACAGCAAUGACAUGCAUCCUGUACAUGGAUACUGCUAAUGCCUUCCAGCAGCAGCUUGCUUUGUAGUUUAAACUUUGAUGUAUUAGAGCAGCUUGGCUCUGGAUCAGCACUUUAAUGUUUCAUUUUCAUGUAUAACCAGAGUUUAUGGAAAUAAGAAGUGAAUAUGCUGGUCUUGUGAAUAAGUCCAGAGAGGCUUUGACUAAUUUUUCUUUCUUAAUAGCAUCAUUUGAGUUAAUAAAACUUUUAUUAUUGUAUUAAGGAGUCACAAAAUGAAGACUGCAAGUCUGUGAGGUAAAAUUCCUGUUUGGGAUCAGUGCGGUUGAAAUUAAAUAAUACUUGUCCAAAGAGUUAGUGUGGAUGUAUAAGAUGUGCCUAUUUUUUCAUGGAAUUAAUUUUUAAGGGGUAGAACUAUUGUUUAGUUACUGUGAUACCUGAAAAUGAGCAUGCUCUGCCACUGAAUUUUUCUGUGAUUCCUCAGCCUACCUUAAGUUCUCUUUAUUGAUUGUGAAAAGUCUAGAAAACUGACUAAACAGAAGAAUCAAUCUGGAGAAGGGAAUGAAAGACACUUGCUUUCCAGUUCUUGACUUGCUGAUCAAUGCUUUUCUUUUGUUAUGUUAUAUUUUUUAAAAUUAUUUUUUCUCAGUGGUCCUGCUCUAAUGUGGUGUUGAUCUUCAUUGCUGCUAUAACACAGCAGGCAGAAGGACUACAGCCAAAGUCAACUUAGUCCUUUGAAACCAAUGUCAGAGACAUAUGUUUGUUAAAGAAUUGUCAUGCACCCUCUUGGUUAAAUGCAUUUGUGAUUUUGCAAUACAUGGUGUUAAAGCUGAAAUAAAAUCUAUCGCAGUGUUUAUUGAAACUGAUAUGCUCAUGUAUUACGCCAGAUUCAGCAGCUCUGACAAACCAGCUCACACAUACGGAAUUAGCAAAUAUAAGCUGUCACUCUCACAUGUACGUCUGUGUUGACUUUGUUACCUCAUAAUCCAUUUGGAGUGCAUUUUCUUAGAAUUACCUUUUUAUCAGUUGUUCCUGUGUGCUUUUA